AUGGCUUCAACUCUACCCAAAAGAAUUAUCAAGGAGACUGAACGACUCGUUUCUGAUGCGCCACCGGGAAUAUCAGCGGUGCCACACGAUGACAAUUUACGGUACUUUGAUGUUGGACUUCAAGGACCCGAAGGCAGUGCUUUCCAAGGCGGUCUAUUCAAACUUGAAUUAUUUUUACCCGAGGAUUACCCGAUGUCGCCACCGAAAGUACGAUUCUUAACCAAAAUUUAUCACCCUAACAUUGACAAACUGGGCCGAAUAUGUUUAGAUAUCCUGAAAGAUCGAUGGUCACCAGCUUUACAAAUCAGAACUGUAUUGCUAUCCAUACAGGCUCUGUUGUCCAGCCCCAACCCGGAUGACCCCUUGGCGAACGAUGUCGCUCAACACUACAAAAGUGACGAAGCGGGAGCGAUUCAACUGAGCCGAGAGUGGACGUCGAAAUAUGCCCAACCAUAG